AUGAAUAAAGCACAGAAUUGUAACCAAAUAGAUGUAGACAAUUUUUGUGAUCUAUAUAAUAUAGUGGAUAGAAAAAAUAAUAAGAAGAAAAAUAAUGAAAUAUGUAAUUUUAAUGAUUUAUUUAAAUAUGAUGAUUAUAUAAAUGAAAUGAAACAUAAUGAUAGAAGAUCUAGUUGUGAAGAAAUACAAAACACAGAAUAUAUAAAUAAAAAAAAUUCAAAAAAAAAUAAUAAUUCAAGUAAUUAUUUGUGUGAAUUAUCUGAGAAAAAGAGGUCCAAUUUUGAUAUAGAUGAAAAUAGAAUCCAGAAAUUGGUAUCAUUUUCAGAAGCAUGCUCAGAUGUAGAAUCAUAUGCCAUGUCAUGGAAUGAAUCACAUCUAAGAGGUUAUAGUGAAUCCAGUGUGGAUUGUAUGAAUAAAGAAGAAAAUGGUAAAGACCGAAUCAGUUUCAAGAAUGAAAAACAUUAUUUUGAUUCUGAAAAUGAACAAGUACAAAAUAAAUGUGAAGAUAUUUUGAGUGAUGAAUAUAUUCGAGAUAAUAAAAUAAAAAAAAAAUUAAAUAAAAAAAAAGGAAAAAUAAGAGAUAAAAAUUGUUAUUCCUCAAAAAAUGUAAAAGAAUAUGGAGAAAAAUAUAAUAAAAGAAAUAAUAAAAAUAUAACAAGCAUCUAUAAAGGUAGUAAUAAUGAUUCUGAAAAUGAGGAAUUAAAAUAUUAUAGAUGUAGAUAUUGUGAAAUAGAUUAUGUUGAUAGUGUUGUACAAUGUAAUACAUGUGAAAGAUGGUUUUGUAAUGGGUCCUAUGGAACAUGUGGAAGUCAUAUUGUUACACAUCUAGUUCGAUCAAAACAUAAAGAAAUAAAGUUACAUAAAAAUAGUGUCCUUGGGGAAACGAUAUUAGAAUGUUAUAACUGUGGAUGUAGAAAUGUUUUUUUAUUAGGAUUUUUACCAACAUUAGAAGAAGGGGUAGUUAUUAUUUUAUGUCGGGAUCCAUGCUUGGCAUAUUAUAUUUCUAUAAAUGAUAAAAAUGGAAAAAAUGGAAAAAAUGAUAAAAAUUGCAAAAAUGAAAAAAAUGAAAAAAAUUGCAAAAAUGAUAAAAACUGCAAAAAUGAUAAAAACAUGAAGAGAGAUAUACCUAUUCAAGAUGAAGAGAGUGAAGGAGAAUCCAAAAUAAAAGAAUGUAAUUUAGAAAAUUGGCAACCAGUUAUAGAAGAUAGAUGUUUUUUAGAAUGGCUUGUAAAUAUUCCACGAAAAGAUGAUGCAGAAAAAAAAGGUAAAUUAACAACAUCUGUAAAUGUAAAUAAGUUAGAAGAAUUUUGGAAAAAUAAAAAAGAUGUAUAUAUAAAUGAGUUAGAUUUAAAAAUAUUAGAUGAUGAACCCAAAAAAGUAAAAUUAAAAUAUACAGAUGCAAUAGAUUAUAAAUUAACAUUUUCUCCAUUAAUUGAAUUAGAAUCAAAUUAUGAUAAAUCAAUAAAAGAGGGACAUAAACAAACUAAUGUUACAAUACGAUGGGAUGUAGGUUUAAAUAAAAAAAGAUAUGCAUAUUUUGUAUAUAUUAAAGAAGAAAGUGAAUUAAGAAUAGUAGUAGGAGAUGAAUUAAAAAUAUCAUAUACAUAUCCAAAUGGUAAUAUAUGGGGUUGUGAAGGUCAUAUAUCUAGAUUAAAUAGUAAUGAAGAAAUAGCAUUAGAAUUAAAAGUAUUAUAUAAUAUAGAUGGACCAUGGAAUUAUAAUAUAAAUACAGGGUUUGUUGUAGAAUUUGUUUGGAAAAGUACUGCUUAUGAUCGUAUGCAAUUAGCUUUAAAUGAAUUUGCUUUUAACUCAUUUUCAUUAAGUGGCUAUUUAUAUCACAAAUUGUUAGGACAUGAUAUAAUUGAUGAACCAAUAGAUUAUAAUAAAAAAGAGUUUAAUUUAAAUAAUGAUAAUAAGAAAUAUAAUAAAAAAUUAAAUGAUAAUUUAUAUACUUCUUAUAAAAUUGUAAAUUAUUCUGCUCCUAAUUUAGCUCCAUUAAAUCAUUCACAAAUAGAUGCAAUUAAAAAAAGCUUAAAUUCUCCACUCUCUUUAAUUCAAGGUCCACCAGGAACUGGUAAAACAUUAACAUGUGCAACAUUAGUGUAUCAUAUGCAUAAAACAAAAAUGGGAGGAAAGGUUUUAGUUACUGCACCAAGUAAUGUAGCUGUUGAUCAAUUAUCUGUUCGUAUUCAUAGAACCGGAUUAAAAGUUGUAAGAUUAUGUGCAAGAAGUAGAGAAUCUGUAUCUAGUAUAGCUGAUUAUUUAUAUUUACAUAAUCAAGUUAAAUUACUUAAAACAGAUGUAGGAGAAGAAUUAAAUAAAUUAUUAGAAUUAAAAGAAGAAGUAGGUGAAUUAUCUCAAAAAGAUGAAAAUAGAUUAAAAAAAUUAAUUUUACAUGCAGAAUAUAAAAUUUUAACUGAAGCAGAUGUAAUAUGUACUACAUGUGUAGGUGCAAUGGAUAAAAGAUUAAAAAGAUUCCGUUUUAAUCAAGUUUUAAUUGAUGAAGCAACUCAAUCAACUGAACCAGAAUGUUUGGUUCCAAUAGUUACUGGAGCAAAACAAAUAGUAUUGGUUGGAGAUCAUUGUCAAUUAGGACCUAUAAUUGUAUGUAAAAAAGCAGCAAGUUCUGGGUUAGGAAAAAGUUUAUUUGAACGUUUGGUUAUGUUAGGAAUCACACCAUUUAGAUUAGAAGUGCAAUAUAGAAUGCAUCCAUGUUUAAGUGAAUUUCCAUCUUAUGUGUUUUAUGAUGGAUGUUUACAAAAUGGUAUUACAUUAAAAGAAAGAGAAUAUCCUUUAAAAAAUUUCCCAUGGCCAAAUUCUAAAUAUCCAAUGUUUUUUUAUAAUUCUAAUGGACUUGAAGAAAUGUCUGCAUCUGGAACAAGUUACUUAAAUAGAAAUGAAGCACAAAAUAUGGAAGUUUUAGUUAGAGCUUUAUUAAAUGCGGGAUUAAAAGCUACACAAAUUGGUGUUAUAACUCCAUAUGAAGGACAAAGAGCAUAUAUUACAUCACUUUUUCAAAAAAAUAUUUCUUAUCAACAUUGUUUAGAUAUCGAAGUUGCAUCUGUAGAUGCAUUUCAAGGAAGAGAAAAAGAUUUUAUUCUUUUAUCAUGUGUAAGAUCAAAUAAAAAAUUAGGAAUUGGAUUUUUAAAUGAUCCAAGAAGAUUAAAUGUUGCAUUAACACGAGCAAAAUAUGGAUUAAUAAUUUGUGGUAAUGCAAAAGUUUUAUCUAGACAACAUUUUAUUUCUAAAGAAAAAAUUAAUUCUAAUGAAACUAUUACAAAUGUAAAUUCAGUUUGGGUUAAUUUAUUAAAUCAAUUUAAAAAAAAAAAUUUAAUUGUAGAGGGAUGUUUAUCUAACUUAAAACCAAUAACAAUUAACAUUCCAACACCAGUUAAGCAACCAUCAAAAUAUAUUAAUUUUAAUUAUUUCCAAGAUUUAAAAAAUAUAAGUAGUAAAAUAUAUGAUAAAGGAAUAAAUAGAUAUACAAGAGAUAAUGGAAAUAAUAAAGAUAAUCAUAAAUUUAAAUAUCAAAGAAAUGAUUCUAUUUUGAGUCAAAAUAUGUCAAAUAGUAGUAUUUGUAAUGAGUCAGUUAUUGAUCAAGAUAUUUAUAAUUUUAUUAAUGAAAGAAAAAGAAAAAAUAAAUAUUCUCUUAACUCUUAUAUUAGCAAUCUUAGUCAGCUUUCUCAAUCCAAUGGUAGUAUAUCAGAUGACAUUCCAAACUUUAAGGGAAUUAAUAAUUCUGAAAAUAUUGCUGAUGGAGAUGUUAAUUACAUGAGUUGGAAUUUUAAUGAAACUAACCUUGAUAACAAAAUUAGUUCGAAAAAUGGAGACAUAUUUCCAUAUCUAUUUUAUCAAAAUAAUGAUGCCAAUCCACAAAAUAAGAACCUCCACUAG